AACAGCCACGGUACCUUUAGGAUUUUCACGCCCGACGCAGGCACGUGCACCGGAUCGAAAGCUCCCUGCUUUACCUGUCUACCAGUAAUUCUACUGUUACCGUAAUACGUAGCCGUGCAACAAUGCAACGCAGAUUGCUGUUAUUACUGUGGAUUACCUGUUUUACCUAUGCGUCCCCGCUGGUGAUACAACAAAUCAGUGAAAAGAAUUUGCCUUCGUCGAACGUUCAGGUGCACUAUAAUAUCACGAGUGCAGAGAUUAACAAUUUCAAACCGAUCGACGAAGUAUCCUACAUUGAUUUCAAUUCACCACCUUCGUUUCCCUCAAAGAGACCAAACGUCUGCAACAAUUGUGUGUGCGGGGUGGGCAGAAAAACAAGAAUCGUCGGGGGUAACGUAACAAAUAUUUCUGAAUAUCCCUGGAUCGUUAGCUUCAGUAAACAAGGUACAUUUUACUGUGCUGGCAGCUUAAUAACCCGGAGGCAUGUACUCACAGCAGCUCACUGCUUGGAGGGAUUUGAAACUAGAAGCAUCAAGAUCAUAUUGGCUGACAGUGACCGGCCAAAUGUGGACAAAAAUGCCAUAAUUCGACGCAUUAAAUCAGUGGCUAUUCACGAAGACUUUCACACGUAUACGUUCAACAAUGAUAUUGCUAUCGUCGAAUUGGAUCGUCCAGUGGAUUUAAGUGGUAUUGUUCGAACCGCGUGCUUACCCGAAGACAAAGCCAUUGAUUAUACCGGUGCAACGGCCACGGUAAUUGGUUGGGGUCGAACCGGAGAAAAUCAACCCGUAAGUGACGAACUUCGAAAGGUGAAUCUUCCAAUUUUAUCACAAGAAGAAUGCGACCAAGCAGGAUACCAAAAACAACGAAUCACUGAGAACAUGUUCUGUGCUGGAUACUUGGAAGGCGAACGUGACGCUUGUUUUGGUGACAGUGGUGGUCCUCUUCACGUGAAAGGCACGUUUGGACAUUUAGAAGUAAUAGGUAUUAUUUCGUGGGGUCGUGGAUGUGCAAGGCCGAAUUUCCCAGGAAUUUACACAAAAUUAACCAAUUACCUCGGAUGGCUUAAAGAUCACCUGGACGGUGAAUGCGUGUGUCCACCACCUCAAGGAUGUCUUAAAAAAGGGAGAAAUGGAGUUAGAUCGUUAGAUCAAUCAUUGUCGAUCGCCGAUCAAGAUGAGCAAGGAAUGACAGAAACCAGGUCAGUAGUCAGAAACGUUUUGCUUUCAACGGUGAAUUUGACGACUGAUCAGAAAAUGUGUCCGCGAAGCAUAUUUCGGAAAACUUGGAUCUGUGCUUUAAUCCUAAUCCUUUCUUCAACUAUAGGGAGUUUGAAUGUCAGAAGUCGACAGAAUAAUUUAAACUUCGCUACUGAUUAUGCUACGACGAAUUCAACUAACUAUCGAAAGAGCAAAUUUCUGUUCGAUGAAUUAUUUGGUCUCGAUAUAGACAGCAAUGUGGAUGAUAACGAAACAUUGAGAAAUUGUUCGUGCGAAUGCGGUGUGUCUAAUCAAGAACAUCGAAUCGUUGGUGGAAAACCAACAGCCCCUAACAAAUAUCCUUGGGUAGCGCGCCUAGUGUACGAGGGUCGCUUUCAUUGCGGGGCCAGUCUUGUUAAUAAUGAUUAUGUACUUACCGCGGCUCACUGUGUACGUAGAUUGAAACGUUCGAAGAUACGUGUAGUACUUGGAGAUUACGAUCAACACAUCAAUACCGAUGGACGUUCUGUGAUGAGGGCAGUAAGCGCCGUAAUUCGUCAUAGAAAUUUUGACAUGAAUUCGUACAACCACGAUGUCGCGUUAUUGAAACUUCGGAAAUCUGUUAAGUUUUCUAAAACUAUUAGACCAGUAUGUUUGCCACAAACAGGUACUGACCCAGCUGGUAAAGAAGGAACCGUGGUUGGUUGGGGCCGGACAUCGGAAGGAGGUAUGCUAGCCGGACAAGUUCAGGAAGUACAAGUACCGAUAUUAAGUUUAACCCAAUGUCGUAAAAUGAAGUAUCGAGCGAAUCGAAUUACAGACAAUAUGAUUUGCGCUGGUCGAAAUAGUCAGGAUUCUUGUCAAGGUGAUAGUGGUGGUCCAUUGCUUGUGCAGGAAGGCGACAGACUCGAAAUAGUUGGAAUAGUUUCCUGGGGUGUUGGAUGCGGAAGAGCAGGAUAUCCUGGGGUAUACACCAGAGUAACGAGGUACCUGAAAUGGAUAAAUACAAAUAUGGAAGAUGGAUGUAUAUGCACAAAUUAAUUAAUAUUUAAAAAAUUAAAAAAUAUGCUCAUUCCGAUAUUUAUGUAAAAUAAGGUAUUUAUUUAGAUUAGUUAUUAACUUAACGAUUCUGAAUGCGAAUGAAAUAUUUAUUUGCAGAAACGAAUCAUAUUGAUAAUUGCUAAAAUUGAAAUAAUUGUUGUCCCAACUUGUAAGUCAAGGAAGCUACUGUAUAGUUAUUUAUUACAUUGUAAUUAUUGAAAUCGUAUACAAUACGAGAUACUGUA